UUUGACAACUUCCGCUUUCACCUGGAAGUACAACAGUACGUUUUGCAAACCACCUUGUGUUGCAUAGAAGAUUCACAACACAUCUUCGUGAUUGAAGACUUUAGCUGAUUGAAACUUUAUUAGAGAUUUAAAAAGACUAAUCAGCCGCUCUGCUGACAUGCUCCCGUUAUCUUUAUUGAAGACCGCACAGAACCACCCUAUGCUGGUGGAGUUAAAGAAUGGUGAGACGUACAACGGCCAUCUGGUCAGCUGUGACAACUGGAUGAACAUCAAUUUGAGAGAAGUUAUUUGCACCUCACGGGAUGGAGAUAAAUUUUGGAGGAUGCCGGAAUGCUACAUCAGAGGAAGCACCAUUAAAUACUUACGAAUCCCUGAUGAGAUCAUAGAUAUGGUGAAAGAGGAAGUGCUAUCAAAGGGACGUGGCCGGGGAGGCAUGCAGCAGAACAAGCCACAGGGAAAGGGCAGAGGAGGCGUACCUGGAAGAGGCGGUGGAUCCGUCAGAGGUAUUUUUGGUGGCCGUGGCAGAGGCAUGCUGGGAACUGGCCGUGGACAGCAAGACAAAAAGCCUGGAAAACCACAAGUUUGAUCGUCAAGCAAAAAAGAGUGAGUUUAAUUUGAAAUGGGCGUCCUGGAUCUCUCCAAAGAUUUCAAGUUGGACAAGUCGAUGUAAAGAUGCCCUCCAAUUUCUCCAAAUUGUUUUUAUUUUCUGUUCUCUCACAUUUUGCUGCAUGUUUUCACAUUUGCUGUUUUGUUUUGUUUGUUUGUUUGUUUUUGUGCUUUAAAAUACAACCAUGGUGUAACACUGCACUUAUAUAAUGCACUUGUGAAUAAACAAUUUUUGUUAAA